UACGAUAACCCUAAUAAUGAGGUAUCUGUAUAAAGCGCCGAAAACCCUUGGGCAGUCGUCCUCUAUUUUUCUUGUGUUCAACUCUCCAGCGAUCCUCACUGCUUGAAAGAACGGCUUGCCUCUUUUACGAAUCUCAUCUCUGCAAAUCACAAUGUCUUUGGUCGCAAAUGAGGAGUUUCAGCAUAUUCUCCGUGUUCUCAACACAAAUGUUGAUGGUAAGCAGAAGAUAAUGUUUGCCCUUACCUCUAUCAAAGGUAUUGGGAGGCGAUUGGCUAACAUCGUCUGCAAGAAGGCUGAUGUCGACAUGAACAAAAGGGCUGGUGAGUUAUCUGCUGCUGAGAUCGACAACCUGAUGACGAUUGUCGCUAACCCCAAGCAGUACAAGAUCCCAGACUGGUUCCUGAACAGACAGAAGGAUUACAAAGACGGCAAGUACUCUCAAGUUGUCUCCAAUGCCCUUGACAUGAAGCUCAGGGAUGACCUUGAACGUCUCAAGAAAAUCAGGAACCAUCGUGGUCUGAGACACUACUGGGGUCUCCGUGUUCGUGGACAACACACCAAGACAACUGGCCGCAGAGGAAAGACUGUUGGUGUGUCAAAGAAGCGUUAAGCAAGCCUAUUGGUGUUGCUAGUUACUGCUCUACUGGAUAUGCUUCACAAGAAUCGAUUUUAAUUUAUGUUUUUCUUCGAACUAGUUUGUGAGACACCUUUUGAAUCUAGUUGAGACAUUUUCAAUCUUGUGAUCUGUCUUUGUGAACCAUUUUUUACACA